AUGCUCAUCGCUUCUGAUAUGGAGGAUCUUACUUCCUCCAAUGCCACCAUUGACAAACCAUUGGAAUAUAAAUACUCCUCGUACUUCGAUAACAUGGAGGAUGACGAAGAAGAAGAGGAUGACAGCAUGCACCCUCUUCAUGGAGACUUAUUCCCAAAAUCCGAUUUAAUUAAACCAGACACCAUAUCUAAAAUUUCCAAUUCCAAUUCCAAUUCCAACUCCAAUUCUAAUUCUAAUUCAAAUGCAACUUCAAGCUCAACCUCAAGACCAAACGCUAUAAAUGAAUACGUAUGUCAUUACUGUCAGGCCAAAUUUAGGAUAAAAGGAUACCUGACACGUCAUAUAAAGAAACAUGCGGUUGAAAAGGCCUACCAUUGCCCUUUCUUUAGUACAGAAUCUCCACCAGAAUUAAGAUGUCACAAUUCUGGGGGGUUUAGUAGGAGAGACACAUACAAGACUCACUUGAAGGCAAGGCAUAUCUUGUUCCCUAAAGGGAUUAGGCCGCAUGAGAGGAAUAAAUCUAAAGGUCAUUGUGCUCAAUGUGGAGAAUUUUUCACCAAUUUUGAAAAUUGGGUCGAACUACACAUUGAAUCUGGUGACUGUUCUGGGUUACCAUCAAAUUAUUCAUCCUCAUCUUCAAAUAGGCCAUCAUUCCAUACUACAAAGCUAAACCAGCAAAUGCGAUCACAAUUACAAUCUCAUAAACCAUAUGUCCCAACAAUGAAAAAUUAUCAGGCGGUGGAACCUGAAAAAUUAUUAAGUGAUAAUGUCACUCUUAAACCAACUUCCAUUAGAAGAUUCAAGAAUGGAAGGAAUUCUAGCAUCCUCUCCAAUGAAGGUUUAUUGAGAACAGCCAGUAUAUUAGAAUCACUGGAACAUGCUUCAAAGAUAUCGUCUAGUUUGAAAGAAAGGGCAAAGAUAAAACCAUUAGAUAUUGAACAAGCUCCAUUGGAAACAGAUACGGCUACUGAUAACAUACCGCAUCAACAACAACAACAUAGUAGUAUGAUACGGUUUAAUCCUGAAGAAAUCAACGAAACCCACUUGAGGGAGACGAAAAAUCAUCUAAGUCUUUAUAAUAGUAUUUUCCAUUCUGAAUUUUAG